AUGCGCGCUGAAGCUUCCGCAAACAGCUUUGCGCAAGCCGAUACUCUGGAUGCAAACCAGAAUCCUUCCGGUAGACAAAAUCGAUCCGUGCUUGCACAUGAUCCAGCGAUGGAUUCGCAACGCGGAACCCCGAAAUUCGACUGCAAUCAAGUCCCCCAUCGACAAACCACGGAUGCCCCUCGUGGUCCAGCUCGCCAACAAGGACAACAAACCACGGGUACCAAUCAAGAAGUCUACGUACCAUUCCUCGAUUCUCGAUUCUACCGACGACGACAGCCCAAUGCCGUUCGAGUCGUCAGAACGCGUCAUGAUUCCCGUCGAGUCCUUGUAAUAAGCGGUGAUGCCCGUCGUCUAGACAAUCGUGUUGGUAAAAAAGUCUCACGCGAUCGGUGUCUCCAUGGCCCCUGGGUCCCACCUUAUGGUGCCAAAGAUUAUUAUCCUAGGCUUCAUAGAUGGUAA